UGAAAACUUGUCACAGAAGAGUUUUUUAGGAUACAGUGUGUUUGUCUCUUAACGUUUUGAUCCAUUUUGUGGCCCCGGCUGGUGCUGGUGGGGCGCACAGCGGGAGGCGCAUUGUGCGUAUGCAAACUGGACGACAUGGCCAUUGUAUGCGUUCGGACAUAUAUGGAGGCAACGAUGGCUCGGAGGAUACAGCCAGUCUGAAGUCUCAGGAGCGGAGAGUUGCCCUCGGCUGUGUUGUGCGUUUUUUUUUUUUUUUUCUCUCGUCAGACUUUCUCUUGGCACUAACAGCUCCGCGCCGUCGCUAUGAGCUGCCUGGAUGUGAUGUACCACCAAAGCUAUGGAGCGCACUACUUUCCUGCAGCGGCGUACAAAGCGACGUACUACAACCACCAUCACCAGCAACAACAGAGACGGUUGAGUGUUUACAGCAAGAUGCAAGAGUGUAUUGAGCAGCAGCAAGGAGGAGGAAGAGGGAUGCUUUCCAGGGAUCAGGGCCUCAGCCGGCAGGCUCUUGCACCACCAGGAGCCAACCAGUCAAGCCGUAGAACCUCAUCAGAGGUGAAGGAUGGUUCUCAGCCAGCAGAGGCGGAGUACUUGAGCUCUCGGUGUGUUCUGUUCACCUACUUCCAAGGCAACAUCGGGGACGUGGUGGAUGAGCACUUCUCUCGGGCUCUCAGUCAGUCAAGCACCUUCAACAGUGAGACCAAACCGAUCCGGGUGACACAGGCGGCAGCCUCAACCUCCACUGGCUUAUGGAAAGAUGGUGGGUCUCUCUCUGAGGGUCAAAGCAGCCCAGCGUGGAACAGCACUUAUCCAUCCCAGGCCAGCCCUUGCCUCCCAUCUGUCUCGGUCUCAGUCCACCCAGACUUUUCCCCUAACCCUGUUUCCUUCAACAACCCUGAUGGAGCUCUGUGGGCUGACCACGUUCUGACACAGACCACCCUCCCGUCUUCGUCGACACUCCCUGACAGCUGGACCUACAGCCUAAGCCCCCAGAGCUCAAGCGGAUACCCCAACGUCCACAAUGUCUACCAUCCCCACCCUCAUCCUCACAUUCACACCCGGCAUCCACACCACCACCCCAUGCUCCAUUCAUACCCGACUCACAGCCCGGCGUUGGAUCCCAGGUUUAAUCCUCUGCUGCUGCCUGGCGUUAGGAACCAGAACCAACCAGCCGCCAGCACAGGGAGUUCCCCUCACAGUGAUGGAGUGAAGACGGAGAUAGACGGCAGCAGCAGCAGCCCGACUUCUGUCAGCUGGCAGCCUUCAGCCCUCCAGGGAUCCUUGGAGGUUUAUGACUCAACUCUUGAUCAAACCAAAGCAAGGACGUCAGUUUGGUUCUAAAGGAUGCAAGGACAAAAAGAAAGAACUAAUUCAUAAAUGUUUGGCUGCAACACCAGCACUGUAAUGUACAAUGUAGAUAGAGAGCUACAUGUAGCUCAUGCUAUGAGUCCUGCACUGCCAAAACAAACUAUCAUGAAGAUGAACUCAGGCUAUGGACUGAAAUGACGGUCUAAUGAUUUGGCUGCAGGUCAAGACCAAUGAAGGAGAAAGGAAAUCAGACCAUUACUGGACUGAAUGGACUACUAGCUUUAAGAAUGGGAGGCCUCUGCACAUAGAAACAAUUUCUUUUUUUUUUCGGCAAUGUGAGACCAAGUGGUUCUGUUUCAAGAACUUUGUUUUCCUCCUGUUUUGUACAAUAUGUUUUUUGUUAAUGAGUGUUUUAUUUUUGUGUGUACAGAUUUGCCAGGCUAAGCUGUUUGCUGGAUGAUUUCUGCUAAAAAUGCUAUGUUGCCUCCAAAGAUUGUGUAGUGUAAAUAGUGAUAAUGUAUGUUUA